AACAUUUUUCAUUAUAUUAAAUAAAAAAACAAGCAGAGACGCUUUUUUUUCUGUAUCCAACUGCAAACUCUGUCACCUACACUCCACCAAAACACAAAAAUAAAAGCAAAGGCCGCAUAUAAAUAUUCCAAAAAUCAAAUGACCUCUUCGUUACUCUCCAACACAAGCCGAGAGCUCAAAGGUAGGAGCCUGUGAGGAGGCCCUGAAGGCAUCACGUCGCUCAGCAGUCAGCGCACAGACGGAAUGCAGCCGCGCAGGUUUAAGACGAGCUUUACUGCUUGAAAAUGCAAUUGUUCUAUGAACGUGCCUGGAAUACCACAGCUUCUCUUCCCUGUUCUGUUUUUUUUCCCCCUUUCUUUUUCUUCUUACACAGUACAAACUCUACCGAUACUCUUUAGAGACUUCUGUGAGCUGUUUGAACCAUUUGAACGUUACAUUCAAAACAGGAGGAGGAGAGAGAGAGGGGGAAAAACUGUCAGUGGAAAUUGUUUUACCUGCCAGCGACAGACUGAUAAGGACCAAAGGUUGCCUCAUGUCGUCAGUCAGGCCGGUCUGUGGAGAAAAAAACAAGCUUUAAUAUACAAAAUUACUUGUGCUCUCAAAUCUGGUCAUUUUAACUGUUAUUUUAGCUUUUAAACUGUUUUUCUCCAUCAAAGGUUCCAUAGAAACUAGCACAUCACAUUUUCACAUUUUCCAUCCAGUUAAGAUUAAAUCUCAUCACUUAACAACCUCUCUUGAUUAGUUAUUAAAGGAGGUAGCUAUAUUAAUCUUACCAAAGUGUUCGCCCGCAGCCCUCAUGUUCAUUUUGUUCUGAAUGGUUUGUUUUCUUACUACUGCAUGUACUUCCUGUUUCUCUAUUAUUACCUGUCAAGGGCACACCUGUUCUCUUAAAGGGCCAGCACCUAUUUAUCUGCAGGCUAUGGGAAAACAGCAAACUGUCUCACUUAAAGAGAGUAUAAUCAUCUUAUUCACUCAAAUAUUCCAAUUCUCUCCCUUUUGACAUUCAUUAUUCAAGGUAAUUUUCAUUUCCCCAGGUUGCAGUGGCCCAUUGCGUCCCACAAUCUGAUGAAGCAGGAGAUAAAAUUGCACGACAUCUCCGCGUCUUUAUGCAUUCAGUUCUUUGAUUAACUUGCUCAUUUGUGCAGUGACAUGUAAAUGCGAGUCCAAAGCCGGUCUCUAAUUAAUUUGCAUACGGAAGCAGAGGCAUAUAGAUGAUGUCUGCAGGAAAAGCAGCUGAUUUGAGGGCAAAAAAAAAAAAAAUCCCCAGCGUUGAUAGUUUUCAGCUGUUGUAUCAGUGCCACCCACUGGUUAAUUCCAGCUAACAGCACUCCUUCUGUAGACAAAGAACUCAGUGGGAGCCACAGCUGUGAUUCCCGCGAUUAUUCAUAAAUUCCCCUGCAAAAACAAAUGGAUUUAUAAUCAGUUUUUAAAUCACUCAUUAGAUCUGUGCCCUAGGAUGUGCCUCCUAAAGUGAGAAACUGUGGCGCUAACCUCUGAAUAAGUGAUGUCAUUAUGCUUCAGUGCUCAAGUAGUGUAGAAGGCGUGUUGUAGCUGACAAAACAAUCUCAUCUCAAGGUUGGUUCGGUAGCUGUUCUGGAGCUUUCGAUCAAAUCACAUCAUCUUGUUUGACAGAUGGAUUUUUUCCCCCCCUCCUUUCUCGCAGUUCUUACAAGCAGAAAUUCUGAUUUAUGCAUGUUGGAGAAGGCCAGAAUCUGAGCUCAAUGUCAGUGUGACUCCACUGAUUCUGCAACCAGUUCAAUGUCAAUGAAGCAGACUUUAACUAAACUUUCCCAGGGAAAAAUAAUAAUAUAAAUUCCCCUUUACGUGCUGGAAGAUGUUUCUCAGUGGCACGCGAGGCAAGAAAUAAGAAUAGAGUAAAAGCAAGUAUUACCUCUUCCUUUACAAUCCAAAGCCAAGACAAUGUAUUGUGUCUGCGGGGCAAAUAGUGUUCACACUGGAUAAGAAGCCCACAGUACAAAGCCUAUUACAUAAGGCUGCCUUUCAACAUUGUCACUGGUUUCCCUUCCAAAGAAUACCGUUUCAUUUUAUCUCUGUUUACCAAUAGUUCAACAAUAGUUGUGUGAAAAUGCAAAGAAAAAAAAAAGGAAAUAUAAUCAAGCGUUCUGCAUUGUUGAGGGGAGCGUAUGCUUGGCCACAGGUCAAAGAAAAGGAGAAGAGGGGAGGGGGUGGGAAUCAUAAAGAAGGCUGAUUUUACAAUGGAAAGUGCACUUAUUUAAAGCACAAAGCAGACAGAAGUAUUGACCGUACAGGAAGGGGUGGGAUGGUGGUGGGGUACAGUGGGGAGGAAACCGCUUGAAAACAAGGUGACGCCUACGUGACAUACACGAACUGACUGGACCCGACCAGGAGAGAAAAAGGCCAGAGAGAGGAGAGGAAAGUCCCAAGAAAAUCUCGGCCUCGCUCGUGUUUGAAGCUCCUUUAUUUCUCCCAAUGCAAAGGCAGGUGCUUUGAAGAUACUGUUUCAUUUUUUGGGCCAUAAAUCUACUUACUGGGUGAACUGUGGUGCACCUUGAGAGAGCGAACACAGCUCUGGCUCCUCUGCACUGUUUGUCCCAGCUUCUGAAAAGCAGGUGUUAUGGAUCUACAGUAUUUCCUGUGCUGGAGAGUUGCCCCGUUGUUUCUCUUGAUGCCAUGUGGGCUCCAGAGUAUGUCGGUGCACAUCCUCAGUGAACAGCCAGUGCAUGUAAUCCCCGACUCCAGACUGGUUCUGAAAGCCCGGAUUGAGCUGGGACCCCUGGAAGAUGUCUCCAUGGUAACCUGGGAACGGGAGCCCGAAACCGGAAUUGCUCCUGUGAGGGUGACGCUGGCCACGUGUGCUGGCAGAAGCCUCAAGUGUGCUGGUAUGAGGCCAACUGUCGACGCGAACGUGGAGCGGCAGGAGACGACACUUCAGAUUAAUAGAUACAGCCGAGAGGACGGCGGCGUGUACGCUGUGACUGUGACAGAUCACACAGGAGCCAACACCACUGCACACUGCAUCGUCAGGGAAUAUGAGGCAGUUCACCACGUCUCGGUCAGCAUCAACGUUUCUCACUCCUCGCUGGUCUGUGGCGAGGCCUGGGGUACAGACCCCACCUUCCGCUGGCUCUACGAGAGAGCCGCCGUCACCACGACUGUGGGAAAAAUCUCCAACGAUGGAACAACAUUGGUUGUGACCAUGACUCCUAUUUGUGGCCACUUCACCUGCAUGGUUAGCAACAAGCUGGGCGACAGCACUGCCACAUACACUGCAGCACCUUGUGAGGGCAGAGGGACGACGGCAGCUGUAGUGUGUCUUGUCCUCCUGCUGCUGGUUGCAGGAGUGUUGGCAUUUCUGUUGUGGAGGAAACACAGGCACAAUAACAGAGGGGAGAGGCUGCACGAACACUUGGAUGACACCAUUUAAAAAAAGGCCUCAGCUCGGCUUUUGUUACCCAGAGAGGUGAGCAAGAACUGGACUGGACUGUGACCGAGGACCUUCCUGUCCUGUGAGCAGUAUGACCUUGCAUUGCAUUGGAACAAUGUGAAGAGUGAACUGCUUUCCGACAAACAGAAAAUAUCCACAAGUGGAUAGUUAGCUUCAAGUGCCAGCAGUGUCGUUACACUGCCUCCUGCUGGGCUCCACCUGAAACUCCUUUUGUAAGCUUUUAUCAGCUUUGCAUUGUAUUAAAAUAUACUGUACUAUUUUGCUUUUAUAUUGAAAUCCCUGUACACAAUGUGACCGCUCACAAAAAGAUUGUAGAAGACAGUUUUGGUUUUAAGUGACGCUUGAAGCUUUCAUAUGAAUGGAGCGUGUGAGCUUAGUUAUCUUUUUUCAUCAUCUGCUGUGUUAAUGUUUAGUUUUCUGCCAUCGUGCGUGUAAGCAAGCUGAAACACCUUUUCAAUAAAAGCUGAAGACAGCACUUGAAGUCUUUAAUGGAAA